AUGGGUUCAGACCUCGGGGCCAGCCGAGCUGCAGCUUCGUUGUAUGCAGGGCGUGCGGCGAGCGGCCACCGACGCCGUGCGCGCCACCACGCAGAGGCGAUGCAGCCACGGCAACGGCUGUGGUCUGAACGACGUUUACCUGCUCCUAAAAGCAACGGCUCUGUGCAGACCGGCCCGCAAUCCACCCGUGAGCGCAAGAAGAGCUUGCUCGGGGUCGAGGACCGCGCGACCGAAGCAGUUUCGGGCAAACAACGGCGAUUGCUCCCCGGCACGCUUGGCCUGGCAGUUUUGGUCUUCUUUGCGAGUCGAGGUUUAUGGCGGUGGGGCUCUCGAAGACGGCAGCGACGGCGAGCCGGACGAGAGGGUGCAGAGGCGCGGUCUCAUGAACGGCGUCGCUCGAGCCAGGGCGAAAUAUCCGUUGUUGAGCCGGCGCCGGUGACGGCACCGUCGCUACCAGAACUGCCCCAGCGCGAUCCGCUUUCGAUGUUGGUCGAGGCAACGGCACAGGACGUUGACGCCUCAGCGCUGCACGUGUCAUCACAUGAGGAGCCACCCGUGAGUGCGCAGCCAGCACCGCCGGCACCAGAACCCAAGCUCCCGAGCAAAGCGCGGCUACCAGUGACAAACAGUGAGAAACGCAAUCCCGGUGUCGUCUCGGCGUUUCUAUCGCUCGGGAGAAUUGUCACAGGGGGUGCUUCGAAUCGAGCACAUCGACAAAACGAGCGCGCGAAGACGACGAAAGCUGCGGACAGAGCGGAGACCGCCACUCCCGUGUCCGAGAAAAACGCAUCCGCCGCUGCUGUCGAGUCGGCAGCGGCACCGGUCGCUCGCGACGCUGAGCGCUUGCCCACAGUGGAGCUUGCUGGAGUCAUUGCCGAGGAUGCACGGUCCUGUCCAGCAGCAACAAACGAGAACGCGACCACAGGAAGCGUCCCUGGCGAGUCCGAGGUAUCCAACGGAUCACGAGCCUCGAACGCGAGCACCGACGCGAACACGAAGGCUGCAGGAGAACGCCCUCCACUGGCGCAGGUGCCCCAGUCCGCAACGGAAAGUCGAUCUGGACCACAACUGAGAAUCCAGAGCGCCCAUCCGCUGUAUAGCAUGGUACGUGCUUCGCAGCUACUUGCGGCGGCGCGAGCAUUGGAGCUGGAACUCUACGGCGAGCAAGCGCUUGUUCGCGAUAUUUUUGCGGAAAAGCUAGCCGGCGCUCGUUUUAUGGCCGCCCAAAGGGAGCGCGCCCGCACCAGCACCACCGAUCAACUAUCCCGAAUACCGGUCCGAACGCGCUACUUUGACGACUUUUUAAUGCGAUGCCUGUUCGGCAAGGAGCAGGGCUCGGCAUCGAACGAACCACCUCCACGCCAGGUCGUCAUCUUGGGUGCUGGGCUCGACAUGCGAGCCUACCGGCUGGAUAUACCGCGGGAUACAGUCGUCUACGAGCUCGACAUGCCCGUCGUGCUCGAAUACAAACUGCGGAUCUUGCGGAACGAUUUUCCCAGCUACAAACCAAAAUCUCUGGUGAAAUAUGUGCCCAGCGACUUGACCAAAGACUGGAAGCAAGAUCUCCUAGCUGCUGGCUUCGAUCCAGGCAACAGCUCCGUGUGGUUGCUCGAGGGCCUCACCUACUAUCUCCCCGAGUCUCUGUGUCGCGCGCUCUUCAGCGACAUGCGCAGCCUCAUGCCGGUAGGUCGAGCAUCCUGGACAGGGGCGAGUUUUGUGCAGGAGGCCCUAGUCCGCAAACUACAAGCCCGAACAGCCUCAACGCCACGAACGAGCGAGGAGUCCACCGAAGAGACGCUCCAAAGUGGUGAACUGCCCCAGAGGCCUGGGCUCGAAGCCCACAGCUCCCGAAAGCGUGCAACACCGUCGAACAACCACAAGCAGAGUGAGAACAGUCACACGAGGCAGACGCUUGUUUUUGGUACAGACGAUCCAGAGGGUUUCCUCAAGUCCUUCGGGCUCUACACCACAACGAUUGUGUACCUUGGGGAGAAGGGAGCCAACUACGGACGCUUCGCCAAACCCUUCCGUCAUACCAUGUACGUCAUAGCGUUCGCUGGAUAA